CUUUCCUCUCUCUGUGGCAUUCUUGGCUGCUGGAGCAGAGAGAGAGUAACCUCAAAUUAUUGCUGAAACCCCAUAACCUGUGAGCCCAGCAGGAAUCUGUGCAGGCACCAAAUCUGGACUCACUCUGAAGACAUGGGAGUCACCCAUGGGAAGAAGAGAGAUCUUCAGCAUUUCCCAGGUAGAGACGAGGCACACUUUCAUGUGUCUGCCUCCAUGAUGCAGACUCACCAAACUGAUCUGGAAGGCCAGUUUCCAGUGCUUCAGGGUUUUCCAUCCCAGCUGCAGAGUGAGGAGGACAGUAGUAAUCUAAUCAGGCCCCUAAAAGCUACCAGUGUGAUAACUACCCCGGAGAGCCACCGGGAGCUCCAUAAGGAACUGAGAAUGACCCACAAGAGGAGGAGAGUGUCUCAAGAAGGCAAGACUGAACUCCAGCGAGUUCUGGAAAAGAGGAAAUGGGAACAAAGAUUGAAAAUGAGCAGGGAUCAAGAGGAGGCAAAGAAGAAGACGUCACAGCUACAUCAAGAGCUGCUGAAAAGACAACAGAGGCUUGAAAAUCUCGAAAAAGAUCAGAAAUCUAAGCAAGAAGAACCAGAGUUCAUCCAAGUCAAAGAGAGACUGAGGAAGACCGCAGGGCCAGAUGCAAGGGGAAAAGAAGUGUGAUCGUUAUGGUUUAUAACUACAUGUGUGUGUUUUGUGUUCACAGUGAGUGUAAUAGACUGUUGGGAAUAACUAACUUGGUCAAGAGAUUCUUCUACUAUAAAUAGAUAUUACUGCUUAAUGCUCAUGAUCAAGGCGACACCUUCUGGUCAAGUGGAGACACAUCAUUCUUUUUUUUUCUGUCAGGAAUAUAAAUAUUCUUUGAAAACUUUUUUUUCUUUUCUUUGUUUUGUUUUUCACCUGUGACUCCUAGAUUACAAUGUUCAGUAGCACAUUAGGUAGCAAAGACAAUUAAAGGCAGAUUUUUAUUAUAUAAACAUGUCAUUCUUUCCUUUUUCUCCCAUAAGAACAAUUUAUUAUAUGUUUAUUUGGACUUAUUUGUUCACU